CACAGCUUCAGACGGAUUCAUACUCUGGACGGUGCUCUGACUUUUGGACAUAGGAUCAGUUGCCUGGAGAGGGAUUGAGCCGAGUCCUGGAUUCCACAGCAUUCUGAAUGGAGAUUCGCCUUUGAAAUGUCCACUCCUAAUCUGGGAAAGUGACCCAUGGUGUAUGCAGGACAUAAGGAAGCCCUACAUGUGUGAUCUGGCCCUGAGCUCUGAGCUCUGAGACUGAAACCUCCUGUGGCCCCAUCAGCUGUGUUUUUCAUCACUGAAGAUAUGCUGUGCCCAUCUGCUAAUCCUGGGAGUGCGUGUAGGCUGCUAGUCACUCUGCUGUAUGGGCUGGAGUCUUAUUUGGAUGCUACAGAGGACAGCAGCUUUCUACAAGACAUGCUUAUGGGCAAUAGCCUACAUGUGCUCAUCAAGCUCCAUGACAGGCUUCAGAGGUUUGGAGCUCAGCGGCCGGCUCCGUUCCAGGACAACGCUGAGGAUCUGGCCCGAGAGUUAACCAAUGAGCUGCGUACUUCAGGGGCUAGACCAGAGAUUGUGGAGUUGCUGCAUGUGCUUUCCAAACCCCAUGUUCAGAACCUUCUCUCAGUGCACGAUACUGUGGCCAAGAAAGAUUAUGACCCUAAACUUCCUCCACUGCCGCCUCUGCCUGCGGAUGAUGAGGAGGAUAAGGAAGACUCUGUCAGGAUUAUCCGUCUGGUCAAAAGCAAAGAGCCACUGGGAGCCACCAUCAAAAAAGAUGGCAUUGGUGGCAUUGUGGUAGCCCGGAUUAUGAGAGGAGGCGCUGCGGACAGAAGUGGUCUUAUCCACGAGGGGGACAAGCUCAGGGAGGUCAAUGGAGUUCCAGUGGAAGACAAGAGACCAGAGGAGAUUGUCCCCAUACUGGCCAAGUCAGAUGGGGCAGUAACCUUCAAAGUAAUCCCAGGCACCAAAGAAGAAUUGGAAGCUGAAGACACCAAGAUUUUUGUCAGGACGCUUUUUGACUACAACCCAAAAGAGGAUCCCGCUAUUCCAUGUAAGGAUGCAGGCUUGGAGUUCAGAAGAGGAGACGUGCUUCAGAUUGUAAGCCAGGAAGACGACACUUGGUGGCAGGCCAGAAGGCAUGAGGAUCCCAACCUUAGAGCUGGACUGAUCCCCUCCAAGCAGCUUCAAGAAAGGAGAGUCGCUUUGCAGAGGCCCGAAGCCCUCUUCCACCCAGCGAGAGUGCCAAAGCCAAGCGCCGACAAUGAGGAAGAAGAUGCAGACUAUGGGGCCAUAAGCGGAAUACACAUAGCUGGUUUGAGGAGAAGUUUCCGGCUAAGCCGGAAGGACCACAAGAUCCAUGAUACCCAAGCAAGAUGGACAAAGAGUGAGGGUCCAAGGGCCAGGAACAUCCCCAGCUAUCAGGAAGUGGUUCCUUACAACAGAAAGCCAAGAGAAUCAUACCGUUUAGUGCUUCUGGUUGGGCCCAGUGGGGUGGGUGUGAGUGAGCUGAAAAGAAAGCUGCUGCUCUCUGAUCCAGAACACUUUGGUGUGCCUGUACCACACACGACCCGUGAGUGCAGAAGAUAUGAGAGAAAAGGAGUGGAGUACCAUUUUGUGUCCAGGCACGCUUUUGAAAAAGAUAUUCUCAACCACAAGUUUAUAGAGUAUGGAGAACACGGGGGAAACUAUUACGGCACCAGCAUAGAUUCGGUCCGCAGGGUUCUAGCGGAGAGCAAGGUGUGCCUGCAGGAUGUGGAACCGCACGUAAUAAAGAUUUUAUAUACAACAGAAUUCAAACCGUAUGUGGUGUUCGUGAAGCCUCCAGCCAUGCAACAGCUGAGGCUCAGUCGGAGAAGAGCAAAAAUCCUGUCCAGUCGCAAUGAGCCGACACCCAUGAGGACGUUUUCGGACGCAGACUUUGAGGAUAUGAUUAAGACAGCCCAGGCGAUGGAGAACAAAUACGGCUACUUGUUCGAGAAGAUCAUCAUCAAUGACGAUUUAGCCUUGGCAUUCACAGAAAUCAGAGCAGAACUGGCGAGACUUGAAAAAGAAACCAACUGGAUCCCAAAAACAUGGGCUCAGGCUUGAAAAAUGUGGAAUUUGUCUCAUAUGAACUGUUUGGAUAAACUGUUAUAACUUCGGUUUUCGUCAUAUUUAAACAAAAGAUACAAAAGAUGAACACAGUGAUUGCAAGACUAUAAACUACAAGUUUUUAUCUGGCUAAACGUCCUGAGUGCAAGUAUUGAUGAAUUCGUUGUCCUGAAUCAAAGCUUGUUGUGUUUCACAGUUGCGUCGGGAAAAUGUUCAUGUGUUGGAAAGCAAACUUUCAUAAUUGCUUUAUGUCUCAGUCCAGCUCCUCAAUGUAAAUUGUUCUGUAAACUGGACUACUCCUAUACUCUCCAUCUCCCGCCUUUUGUGUACUGCUGUGGCUCAUGUUUUGACAUUAAUCGCUAGCAGACAUGGACUCACCAUAACAAGAUAUGUUCUCAAUUUGGAUUAAGUAGGGUGGAGCAAGGCCACGUUCAUCCCUCUUUAACUUGGGACUUCAAGAAUGAACUCUGGAUGAUGCCUCUGAAACACGUCCAGGUAGCUGCAGCGUACAAGCCCCAGACGUUUCCAUUGCACUUCAAGAACAAACAAGGUUCUGAUUUGCUUCUGAUGCUGAUCACAACCUCAAGUCUCACAGUGAUUUAAAUAUGUCUUGGUUUCCUGAAGAAUGUCAACUUGUUUAAAGCUGGAGUCUGCAGACAUCAAUCCAUCCGUCAAACACUCUCAAAGCUUUCCACACGAAGCAACUUGUGUCGUAUCACCUUUUUUUAUCAACAAGCAAAGCCAAAAGGGCCAACGGUUCCCAUGCUAUCUCUCUACACAUCCUUUAUUUUGAUCUGGAAGGAAUGAAUCGACACAGAAAGGAAAUGAAGAGGUUUUUUGGAAGCUAGCAGGUCCUCCAGAAGCCAGAGGAGGAAGAGGAGCUUAUUUUCUCCAGCAUGCAGUAUAUUAAAGUGGAAUUAAAGAGUGACAAGAGACUUUCUAGGGUCACUUUGGCCGGCAGCCUGGGCGGUACAAUGGAGAGGAAAAUCCACACAUACCUGACUUUCACCUUGUAGUUAGGCCAAAGCGAGAAGACAGUAAAAUACGUAGGAAACUAUCUAUUAAGCUGAGAAUCACCUACAGUUGAUAUGGGCAUUAGCACAGCAGAAAGCUACAAGUUGUUUGUGUGUUUACUGAAUUAAAAAUGGG